UUCUCAGCCUGUAUGAGGCGUUGUCGUAUGUUACGCCACGUAUUAACUAUGCUUUGAACGCUUCUACCUCAACGUCGUCUACAAAUGCGGUUAGUACUCCCCCGACAGAAGUAGCGCUUUGGGAUCGCUUUUUCGACGAGGUGGACCAGUUUCCUUUCGAUCGACAAGAAGCGAAAUUUCAAAAACCGCAAUUUGGAAAUUAUGAUAACGUACGCAAUGAAGAGGAUCUUCGCGAGGCUUUCUCAGUCAAUAUUUGUCAUGUAUUAAAUAAUCUCAUAGGGCCAGAGUACGAAUUUUCCAGAUGGCAAGAUCAUAAUCCAGGCAUACCAGAUUUCAACUGCACCUACGUCGCACAACUGAUAUUGUGUAUUGAGAAUAAAAGGGCACUCGUUAUCCGUGAUAUUGGCGGAAGAACCUUUCCGGAAUAUUAUCAAUCGAGCCUGAAAGCAAGGACGGUGACUCAGCAGGUUUAUAACUAUAUGUGUGACAAGCAACUUCAAUACGGUGUCCUCUCCACCUAUGAAGAUCACUGGUUUCUGCGUCGGCCGGAUGAGACCCCAACAAAGCUUUUUAUUUCACCAGCUCUUUCAUCGCAAUCGGAAUCUCCAACGGUACUCAAAGCUUACGCAUAUUUAGCUAUGCGAGCAAGAGCUAGCCCUCCUUCUCCCCACCCUGAUAUAAUUAUGGUACCAGUCGAUGAAGAUUCGGAAGUUAUGACGCAAAGUAAAAAAAGAUACGUUACUCGAUCAAUGACUAGGAAGGAAGAAAAAAAACCAACUCAGCAACCAUCUCCCUACGCCUUGGCAAAUCAGCAGAAUUUUAGCUUUGCGGACUUCAAGUUUAAGGAUCUACUAGGCCAAGGAAGAAGUGGAAAGACACUCUUAUGCGAAUUCCGUGGAGAAAAAAUUGCCUUAAAGACUGCCGAUCUAUACAAAACCCCACCAAAUAUCUUGAAAGAAAUGCAGAAAGAAGCCCAAAUCUAUAAAGAAGAUCUUAAGGAUAUUCAAGGGAAGUACAUUCCAAGAUUGGUAUGUGAUGGCUACUAUGGAGGCGGAUGGUGCUAUAUCUUUGGUACAACUUUUGUUGGUACGCACUUAAGUAAUGAUAAGAAGAUAACGACACAACAAAAGUCUCAGGCUCUUAAGGCACUAAAAGAAAUUCACAAACGCG